CAUGAACUCCCAGUCGUGACUCACCCGUCCCAGAAGUCUUUCUGAUGCUAUCGCGUUCGUGAGUGGACCCCGAAUACCGUUUUCUUUUAAUGUUUUCUCGUGCAAAAGUAAACAUUAACGGAUUUAAGUGAAAAAUAUUCGGGCUGUGCACUAUGUGCGGGAUUAAAUGACGGAUAUCUGGCCGUCUCCGAGUGUUUUAAGUUCGUUAAUCUGUUGAGUGGCCCUCUGUGUGUGAAUAAGAUUCUCGACAUCAUGUGGCUUCCUCGACGCAAAUUGGAUUACGCCUUACUCCCCAUCGUCGUUACGCUUGUCCUCAUUUUACCUUCAGCUUCUGUAAAUUCAGCCAAACUUAGGCAUUCCAGGCAUAUUAACCAUGGAUAUUCAUUUGAGAAUAAAAACUAUUUUCGGAGCAAGCAGGAUGAACAACACAACCACAAACCAGUAUUUUCGAAUUGUGCGAAUUAUUCGCCUGUUGUUAAAGAAGAAGAGCCACCUGGUACUUUUGUUAUCCAAGUGAUGGCUGAAGACAGAGAUCCGCCUGAAGAAGGAGGUACUAUCACGUAUAGUUUCGUGACAAUUUCUGGCGAGAAACUUAAAUUCGAGAUCAACAACAAAACGGGUGAAAUUAGGACAACGCAAAUUCUGGACAGAGACGAGCCAGAACGCGAGAAAGAAGCAUAUCUGACAGUACUGGCGACAGAUAAUGGCAGGCCUCAACUUGACGAUGUUUGCACGUUCAAAGUCACAAUUGAGGAUGUCAACGAUAAUGCACCGGUCUUUGAUAAAGUGACAUACACGGAAUCCGUGCCGCAGGAUUUACCACUUAACAGUGAAGUAAUGCGAGUGUCUGCCGCAGAUAUCGACGACGGAAAUAAUUCGGUUGUUCGAUACAGUUUAAAGUCGAAAAAAUCUGACGACAGUGCUCAAUAUUUCCGAAUCGACACGAACACAGGUGUAAUCUUCUUGAAUAAGGCAAUAGAUAAAAAUCCGGACUUCAGAUUUAGUAUGAUAGCGACUGCUGAGGAUCUAGGCAAGGAACCAAAAUCAAGUCAGAUCGAUCUUGAUAUACAAGUUGUCGAGUCGCACAAAAAGGCGCCAUCGUUUGUGUUUCUCGAAUCGAAAGAGUACGUUCAAGAAAAUUUCUCUGACUUUGAUGCUAGUAUUGUAACAUUAAGAGCUCAGUCGAAUAAUGAUCAGAGUCCUGACUUACUGUUUGAGCUUGUCACGGGAAGAACGGAGCAAACAAAUAAGAAAAAUACGUUCAGAUUGGAGUCAACAAAUGGCACUGCUCAUAUUAAACUUGCCAAGCAUCUAGAUUACGAGAGUAUUGCGAAUUACACGUUACUUGUACGCGUUCAGAAUAAGUAUCAGCUAGCUGCCGAAACAGUUGUUAAUAUCCGCGUACUCGAUGUAAACGAUAAUAUACCAAUUUUUGGUAAAUUGGAGAAAGGCAGUGUUCUGGAAAACGAGCCACCGGGUGUUCCAGUGAUGCAAGUGCGAGCCAUAGACGCGGACGGAACUUCUGCUCACAACCAGGUGACUGUUAUUGCUAAAGAUGAAGAUGGAUCCAGUAAUAAGGGUCUGCAAGAAUCUGUAACGGUAAAUAUCACUCUCAUAGACAUUAAUGAUAAUGCACCUUUUCUCGAUAUGCGCAAUCCGGUCGUCUGGGAUGAAAAUCAAAAACCCGGCAAAAUUAUCGAACUAAAGGCACGCGAUUUGGACACUGAUAAAAAUGGGCCACCCUUUACAUUUAAAAUUGACGAUUCCGCGGACAACGAGAUUCAAUCGAAAUUUCAUAUUGAAAAUAAGGAUCUUUAUGCACAAGUGACUUUCGAUCGUGAAGAGAGAAAACGUUACGUCAUUCCGAUUUCGAUAAAAGACAGUGGCACACCUACCAUGACCGGAACUUCCAUGUUGACUGUGAUUAUUGGCGACGUGAAUGACAAUCCAAUGAGCGACGGAGAAAGUUCAAUAUUUGUUUACAAUUACAAGGGCGAAGCGCCCGAUUCGGAAAUCGGCCGAGUAUAUGUGAACGAUCCCGACGAUUGGGAUUUGCCGGACAAACGAUUUAAUUGGAUAUCCGAACACGAUGGAUUUCAAUUAAAUCCCGAGACUGGAAUGAUAACCAUGCUCGCGGGAACGAGUAACAGUCUCUUUACUCUCAAAUUUGGGGUGAAAGAGCAAAGACCUGAUGGAUCUACGGUCGUAGCGGAGGCGCUCGUUAAUGUCACGGUCCGAGAAAUACCUGAGGUGGCCGUGAUGAAAUCUGGCUCGGUGCGUUUCUAUGGUAUAAAUGCUGAAGAAUUCGUGGCGCCUCUAGAAUCCGGGACAAGUAAAAAGGACAUUUUUCACGAAAUUUUGGCAAAUAUGUUGAAUGUGUCGGCGGCAAAUGUUGAUGUCUUCACCGUACUACAUUCUCCACAUCAUAACAGCAAUAAGUCGCUGCUGGAUGUUCGAUUUUCGGCGCAUGGGAGUCCUUAUUACGCGGCUGAAAAACUCAACACGAUUGUCGCACGAAAUGCGAGAUCCAUCGAGGAAAAAUUGAAUGCGGAAAUUCUAUUGGUCAAUAUUGACGAGUGUCUCGUUGAGAGGCUCAAUUGUAACAAUUCGUGUCGGAGUUACUUGAAUGUGAGCCGAGUGCCGUACUCGGUCUUUACAAAUUCGAGUUCUUUUGUUGGCGUUCGAGCAAUUGUUGAUCCGCAGUGCAUCUGUGUGGUGACGGAACCUACGGUCUGUCUGAAUGGGGGCACAGCUUUUGGCGAAAGAUGCGAGUGUCCGUCUGGCUUUGAAGGACCGAGAUGCGAAUUAUUGGCGAUUGGAUUUCACGGCGAUGGAUAUGCGAUUAUGCCGCCACCUGGACAGGCCUGUGAUGAUUCACACUUAGGUUUGGAAAUAACGCCACAGACCGAAAACGGAUUAAUUUUCUACUUUGGUCCAAUGAGCUACACUCCUAAAUUAGGAAUUCAAGAUUUUAUGGCUCUGGAACUUGAAAAUGGUUUUGCCGUUCUCUACGUUGAUUAUGGGACAGGCACGGUCAAAUUAAAACAAAAAUAUAGUAAAUUAACAGAUGGCAAAAGUCACAGAAUUGAUGUCUAUUGGACAAAGAAUGCAAUAGAAAUAAAGAUCGACAACUGCGCAAUUUCUGCUUGUAUGAGUUUAACGGCGCCUUUGGGUUCAAAUGAAUUUUUGAAUGUAAACAGUCCUAUGCAGGUUGGUGGUACUCUCUCUAAUCUGACAUUUUUAGCAGACAAGUUGGGCUGGAAUCAUAGACCGACGGAAAAAGGUUUCGCUGGAUGUGUUCGUAAUAUGACAAUUAAUGGAGAUACCUACAAUUUAGGAAUGCCGGCUUUGUCGAUAAAUGCAGAUUCUGGAUGCGCUCAUGAAAUGGCAAAAGCUGUUUCCUUUGGCAUCGAUAGCAAUUUCUUAGUUGCUAUUCUUGUUUGCGUAUCUAUACUCCUGAUCCUCCUACUGGCAGUUGUUGUCCAUAAAAAAGCAACCGAUGAUCUGUUCAAAGAUAUGGACGACAUUAGGGAAAAUAUUAUUAAUUACGAUGAUGAAGGAGGCGGUGAAGGUGAUACAGCGUACGAUCUUAAUGUGCUCAGGGCUAUGUAUGAUGAUCCCAUUGACUCAAAAAUCGCUCCAAUUGGACUGCAAGCGAGAGCAGAACCGAGUGAAGUUCCUGAUACGUUUGACGAUGUACGGCAUUACGCGUACGAAGGCGAUGGGAAUUCCAGCGGUUCUUUGUCAUCUUUGGCUUCAUGUACUGACGACGAUGGGGAUUUGCAAUUCAGUUAUCUUUCAAACUUUGGACCAAGGUUUAGAAAGUUAGCUGAUAUGUAUGGCGAAGAGACGAGCGAUGAUGAAAGCGAUGGUGCCGGUACGGAAAAAAAUUUCUUGCAUGUAUAUAAAUAAUAUAUGUAUAUAUAUAUUUUUUACAAAUUUUUAGAAGAAAAAUUUGUCUAAUUUUGAUUUCAA